UACGUUUAAAGCGAUUGGUUGGAUGGUGACGGAUUCUCUGUAUUCUCCUGUCGACGGACUCUCUAAAGUGUAACUAGCUAUUAUGGUACUGGGGAGAGGGAUACUGUGUGCUCCUCAAGUGAGUGGCUUAUCAGUAGAGGAUUAACACUGUUAAUUCUGCUUGGAGUUUUAUCUAAAUACGGAUGGGAUUUACAAGCAAGGAACCAACACUAUUGCAUAAAGGAAAACAUCUCAACCCUGUCAAUAAUAUUUAUAGUGGAGGUGUGAUUGCUGUGAUUCAACCAGUGAACUCUUCAGAAAGGAGGUGUGAUUUUUUGUGAUUCAACAAGUGAACUCUUCAGAAAGGAGGUGUGAUUGUUGACAACUGAGCAGUGGAACUUAAUUACGAUGUGUAUUUGAGAUUUACACAAAACAAAAGUCACGAUGGAUUCUCUAGUCCGGAUAAUUCUCGUCAUGACUGCAGCGUUCUGCAGUUUGUGUGAUGGGAUUAUAUACUACCAUAUCAAGGAGGAACGUGACCCGAUGGUGAUUCUCGGGAAUGUUGGUGCGGAUGCGAAUAUAACUGACACAGCGUCCACAACAUUCAGAUUUGUGGAGACAGGAAGUCAACAUUUAGAAAAAUUCAAUAUUGAAAGUCAGACAGGAAUUUUGAGUACCAAGGCUAAGUUAGAUAGGGAAGAACUCUGUCGUUUUAACAAAACUUGCGAAUUAAAGCUCCGCAUCGCUGCUGUAACUACCGGAAAUACAAACGUGGCAUGGCUUGAAGUGCGGAUCAUUGUUGAUGAUAUUAACGAUAAUUCUCCGACUUUUAAAGAACAGUCCAUGACCUUGGAUAUCUCCGAAGGGUCGCAGAGUGGCAACACAUUCCCAAUUGUUGGAGCAACAGACGAAGACAUGGUCGGCAACAACUCUCUCCGUGGAUACCAACUUAGUUCUCCGAGCAAUACCUUCCGAUUAGUUGUUGGUGAUGAAAAGCCAGAUGGCAGUCUGGAUGUGAGUUUACAACUGAUUGAGGUCCUUGAUCGGGAAAUCAAGGAUUCGUAUCAAAUCUUCGUAAUUGCAAAAGAUGGUGACAGUCCCCCACGGACCGGAAUGUUGACUGUUGAUAUCCAAGUUACUGAUAUUAACGAUAACAAACCACAGUUUACUAAAACGCGCUAUGAGGUCAAAGUUGAGGAGGACAUAACGGUUGGCUCAAAUAUCCUACAGAUCAAGGCUUCAGACAAGGAUAUUGGCAAAAAUGGAGAAGUCCGAUACCGAUUUAGUGAUCGUGUAGGGACAGACAUCACUUCUUACUUCAGUAUUGAUGAAAGAUCUGGCAACAUCAGCCUCGUUAAAAAGCUUGAAUAUGUACAGGGAGGUAGCUACACUUUCAUCGUCGUUGCCUUCGACCAAGGGAGUCCAUCCAAUGACAAUCAGUCAAUUGUCAUGGUUACUGUGGAAGAUAAAAAUAACAAUUCGCCGGAUAUCAAUAUUAACUAUUUGACUCCAAAGGACGGAGAGGUGUUGGAGAACUCCGCAGUGGACACGCCCAUCGCACAUAUCCAGGCGUUGGAUGGGGAUAUAGGUAAAAAUGGGGAGGUCACAUGUUCAAUUGACAACCCACUGUUUCGUAUGAACCCUAUGGGGGGAAACGAGUUCAUCAUCGUGGUAAACGGUCUACUUGAUCGUGAGGACCAAAUCGAACAUGUUAUCACCAUUUUUUGUCACGACGGCGGGAUACCCUCCCUCAAUAGCAGUAUAACAUUUGGUAUGCAGGUGACUGAUGAAAACGAUAACAAGCCCGAGUUUAUGAACCGUGUGUACAACACCAGGGUGACGGAGAACACGCCCGCCCCGGCCCUCAUCACCAAGGUCAGUGCCAUGGACUCUGACCAGGGAAUCAAUGCCAAGGUCACAUACAGUCUACCAGAGGAUGCACACUCUCUGUUCUCCAUCGGCGCACAGUCCGGUAUCAUUGAGUCGCGUGUACCAUUUGACCGUGAAACAGUAGAUCGACUGGAAUUUCUUGUGUUUGCUGUGGACAAUGGCUUAACGGAAAAACACACUGCUUCCGCCACCAUUAUUCUCACAAUCACAGAUCAAAACGAUAUUACGCCCAAGUUCACACAGGAUGUGUACGAGUUUGACGUGUAUGAGAAAUUUCUCGGAUUUUUCGGAAAUGUGACGGCAACUGACGAGGAUUUAAAUGAAAACGGACAGAUUUCUUACAUUAUUCCUCCAGAAUACAUCACCAUGCCGUUCUCCAUUUCCAAGACAACCGGGAAACUAGGAACUUACCGCGAGAUGGACCGAGAGAGGAAAGAUCAGUACCAAUUCAGGGUUAUUGCUCGCGAUAAUGGUUCCAACUCUCGUGAGAGUUCAGCGCAGGUGAUCGUGAGAGUGAGGGACCUUAACGAUAACGCACCUGUAAUGACUUUCCCCAAUGAGACGAACAGUUCUAUACUUUUGUCGUAUCGGGCAGAACCUGAUUCCCUUGUAACAACCAUUGUGGCCGAGGACGCGGACAUUGGUGAAAAUGCAGAAGUAAAUUUCAUCAUCAUUAGUGGCGAUGAUAAUGGUUUGUUCAAAAUCGACCAGUACUCACGAGAUUCUAUUAACAAGAAAAUUAAGCUGUAUGAAAUUAAAAUCUACACGUUGGACAUCUCCUUGGAAGACAACGGCAUGCCUAGGCAGAGUUCACGCCACUAUAUCAACAUACAAGUUCAAUUUGUCAACAGUACCGUCAUAUCGGAGGAAGUUGUGGUAACCAGUGGCAACAUCCUUAUUGCCAUAGCGAUCGCUUGCAUCACUUUCGUUCUUUCAACAGCAAUUAUAAUCUCAAUUUGCAUAAUUCGAAGGAUUGAUAUGAAAAAGCGUAAUUACAAUUCAAAAAGUGCUGAGGAAAUGAAGAUUAUUCAAACCAUGGGUCGCGGAAGUAACCGGUCUUCAUCGUCAAAAGGCUCCCGGGACGAAUUUCUACCGCCACAUCACAUGAUGAACAAACCGAACAGGAAGGAAGUGAGCUUUUCAUUGGACGAUGAACAGGAUAGUGGAUUUACCUUCACCGUCCCUCCGAGUCUCGCCUCGUCUGUCCCUACCAGCAUCACCUCCUCGGGAAUGGUCACCUUCAAGGCAGGUGGCUCCACCAUGGACGAUCCCUCCAGUAGACAGCUCACUCCUCAACAGAACAGUAGCCACAGUAGGGAGGGCAGUAACCUUUCCGACAGUAAACAAAAACAGGUACAUCGCAUGGCUUCUCUUCGUGUCCAGCAGCAACUUCUGAUGUCACAGGACGGAGGAGGGCAGUCGGUCUGGAGGAAACACCCACAGAGUACUGAGAUGAAACAGUUGCCAGUGCCCUGCCCCCACAAAGACAGUCACCAUGAUGAUAACCGCAGCGACCUGUCCGGAGAGUCCACAACCAGCGACAGUGGCCGCGGCGGUAGUGAAGAGGACCUCCGUAACGCAGGCCUUUCACACCCACCUGACCUUGAUCACAGUGGAGAUUCACGACAUUUCUCGGCCACAGAUAGCAGUGGUGUCUCUUCUCUUUCUUAUAAUUCAAGUGCUGUGAAUGCUGGAAGACCAAUGUUUUCCACAUUUGGACAUUCUAAUAAUGACACUUUUCCACGGAAUUCCCAUAGGAAUCCCGUUUCGCAGGGAGGGCGUAGUAAUUCACGGCCUCCUCGCCAAGGUCAAAGAGUGCAAAGGCUGCAAUCGGACAACUAUUCCCCACACCAUAAACAAUUUGUUGACAUUCCACGGCCGCCUUCGGCAGAUCUGCGAUCCAGCAGAUGUUCUGUGAACAGUGAUAAAAACCAAAGGACAUACCGUCUUCAAAGCGUCACUCCGACGUUUGACGACACGCUCAGUGAGAGCUGUGCGACAACCAACCGUGACGACGAUGACGUUACUACGACGUCUGGAAGCUAUACUGUAAAUGCUGAUGAACUGUGUAAUGAAAUAGAUGAACUUUUCUUAAAAUCUGACACAGUUGUAUGAUAUUUUGUGAUAUGUGUCUUUUUGGAGAGGAAAGUUAUCAGAGGAAGACAUUUUAGAAAGAAAGGAUGAAAAAGUAUGAGAGAGAGAAAGAGACAGAAAAGAAAAACAUGCAGGGUUAAUGAAUGAGAGGAAAAGACUGAGAAAACUUGUAUUUCCGUGCUCAGUAUAAAAUUCUUGCCAAACUUGUAUAUAUAAGCUAUAAGUCUGUGGUUCCAUUAAUGUCAUUUUUAUGUUAAGGAAGAUAAACUUUCUGUAAUAUUCACAAAAAGCAAACUGGUUUGAUUAUUAAUGAUAAGGAAUUAAUAUUUUAUUCACAAGCAUGAACAAGAACUUUUGUGAUGUUAAUUUAGAGUUUCAACAUUGCAAGGGAGGCAACUCCUAUACAAAUCGCAGUAUUAAGUUUGACUAAAUAUAAGAUAUAAAUAAGAUAUAAAAAAUUUUCCCAAAUAUGACAAAUCUGACAGCUGAAUUAAUCAAAUUAAUCAAUUGAUAUGAAAUUAUCGGGAAAAACGGAAAUAUUUUACCUAAAAUAUCACCAAAUAUAGAUUUAAUUGUGUUUCCUUUAUCACUGCCAAAGAAAGAAAAUUCUUGUGUUUGUUAACAUGUCUUAUAUUGUCACACAUUAUCAUGUCACAUGAUCAUGUCAUGUGACUUCUCAUAAAUCAUCAUGUCCAUAUAUGGUCAUAACAUCUUCAAAGAAUUCAUCAGAUCACAUGAUCGCUUCACACAUCUGUAUCAUAUUACUCUGUCACCAGAGAACUCAUUUGUUUUGGAUUUUGACCAACUACUGAUGAGAAGUCUAAAUUGAUAUGAGAAUUCAUCAAGAGCUUUAAAUUUUUAGACCAACAUUAAUUGUAUUUACAUGAAAGAUGUUGUAUAUGUACCUAAAACAAGCCCCAAAAUUUGGAAUGAUAAACAAAUUUUGUUUUCUAAAUUUUCGUUGUUUAUAUCUGAUCUUAAGAUAUAGAUGUAUCUUUUUAAAAUUAUUGCAAAUCGUUAAGAUUUUUUAUUUUUAUAAUUGAGCUGAUACUUCUCAUUCUUAAGAUGUAAAUUUACACUCAUGCUAUGGUAGAUAUAGCAGUAUGUGUUUUUUAUAUGUGACACAUUUUUUAUGUUUAUUUAAAUUUUUGCAUAAUCAAAAUGCACUUCUUUUUAUCCUUUUACUCUUUAAUACUUAAAUUAAUUAAAAAAAUUAAUUUAAUAUUGCAAGAGUAAUAAUUUUUCCUGUUACAAUUUUUAAAUCUAAUGGAAAAAAAUUCUGAAUCUUUAAUAAUUUAUAUAUUAAAAGGCUUUUCUGUAUUUAAUACAAUGUACCUGAAAUACAAUAUUAUUUAGUGCAAUAUCCUGUGUAAGUGUUUGUGUAGAGUGUUUGUCGUGGAUGUACAUGUGUUGAUUGUACUGAAAUCGUUUCAUGAAGUAUGAAAGUUCAUCAGCUAGCUUCUUUGUUUCUGCGUCCAUAAUUCAGCAGACAUUUUUACAAGGGUUCAUGGGAACUCUACUCUGUGUGUAUUGAAUCCAAAUGUUUUGUCUGAAGUCAGUAUUACAAUUAUUGUAAAUCCUACAAAAUAUUAAAUAUGCAUAAAAAAACAAAUAAUACAAUAAAAAUACAUAUAACAUAUA